UUUCUUUUGUGCUCUUGUUACAUCAACACCGAUUUUUUUUAUGAAUUUUGUUUGGAAGAAAAAUUAUAUUUAUAUUAGUUAAUUUGGUUUUCUCUCUUUUUUUAAUUAAUUAAUUUUGUGACUAAAUUGUUCAUCUUACCGUAACCACCUUAAUCUCUGUUCAACUUAUUUAUUUAUAUUUAUAAAAGACAAAGAAAAGAAACUAUUGUAUCAAUAAUUGUAUCACCAUUUUUUUUUCUCUUCUCUUCUUCACUCCAUCUCUCUAAACACAAAAUACACAUACACACAACACACAUUCAACUCUAAUAUACCAACAUCGAUAUCAUCAUCAUUCAUCUUCAUAUAAAUAUAAAAUAUAUCUACACCAAAACAUUCAUAUAGAGAAUUUGGUUUUCCAUUUUUAUUCUCAUUUUGGAUAAUUCACUUGGGUUUGUGAGUGUGUGUUCGUUUUUUGGUUUUAUGUGUGUGCGUGUUUUUUAUUUGUAUGUGUGUGAGUGUUGGUGACCUGUUCGGUUAUUGAUUAUUAUUUGGAAAAAUAAUAGUAAUAUAUAUAUAUUGUAUUUAUCUUGAAUAACUUCAAGUAUGGCGGCGUCCAGACCUCCAUCACCACCAGCCUCAAAUGAGGCUAAUACCCCAGUAGCCGAAAGCUGGUGUUAUACUCAAGUCAAAGUUAUCAAAUUUUCUUACAUGUGGACCAUUAAUAAUUUUAGUUUUUGCCGUGAAGAGAUGGGUGAAGUGCUCAAAAGUUCAACAUUUUCCGCUGGAGCCAAUGAUAAACUUAGAUGGUGUUUACGAGUAAAUCCGAAAGGACUAGAUGAGGAAAGUAAAGAUUACCUGUCUCUGUAUCUUCUUCUAGUCUCUUGCAACAAAUCCGAAGUCAGAGCCAAAUUCAAGUUCUCCAUACUUAAUGCUAAACGAGAAGAAACCAAAGCCAUGGAAAGUCAACGAGCCUACAGAUUCGUCCAAGGAAAAGAUUGGGGUUUCAAAAAAUUUAUCCGACGUGACUUUUUACUUGACGAAGCCAAUGGUUUAUUACCAGAUGAUAAAUUAACUUUAUAUUGUGAAGUAAGCGUCGUAGCUGAUUCUGUUAACAUAGCUGGACAAAACAACUCAAUUCAGUUCAAAGUCCCUGAAUGCCGAUUAUCCGAUGAUCUUGGCAAAUUAUUUGAAAACCAUCGAUUUAGUGAUGUUACUUUAAGUGUUAGAGGUCAAGAAUUUCUUGCCCAUAAAGCUAUUCUAGCAGCAAGGUCACCCGUUUUUGAGGCCAUGUUCCAACAUAAUUUAGAGGAAAGCAAACAAAACCGGGUCGAAAUAACCGAUAUGGAUCAAGAAGUAUUAGGAGAAAUGUUGAAAUUCAUUUACACCGGUAAAUCAACCAAUCUGGAAAAGAUGGCAGAUGACCUUCUAGCUGCAGCGGACAAGUACGAUCUCGAAAGAUUGAAAGUAAUGUGUGAAGAAGCUUUAUGUUCCAAUUUAUCUGUCGAAACGGCUGCCGAAGUUCUUAUAUUAGCUGAUAUGCACAGUGCAAGCCAACUUAAAGCUCAUGCCAUAGAAUACAUAAACACACAUGCCACUGAUGUUAUGGAAACUCAAGGAUGGAAAACCAUGAUAACCAACCAACCUCAUUUGAUAGCAGAAGCAUUCAGAGCUCUUGCAACUCAACAAAUACCUCCAAUUGGUCCACCUAGAAAACGGAUCAAGCAAUCUUAAUAUAUAUCAACCUACGGUUAAUCUAUUACAAUCAACUAACUACAAUUGUAAGACUCAUUAAAAAAUUUUCCAACCUUAACUAUACAAUCUCUAAAUAAUAACACUUUGUUUAGUUAAAACAAAUCAUAAUUGUCAACAUUCAUCUCUUAAUUCAUCUCUCUCUCUCUCUUCCUAUGAUCUAUUAAAAAUCAUUGAUAAAUUUAUCAACGCACUUAA